CGAUGAGCUCUGCAAAGAAAUGGUGGACGGUUUGAGGAUCACAUUUGACUUUACCCUUCCACUAAUUCUACUGUACCCAAACGAACAAGCUCAGUUCAAAAAAGUCAGCUCUUCCAAGUUCUUCCAACCAGUCAUUGACAGCACAACUUGCACCAGUAGAACUUUCAGAGAACGCUCCCCCAGUCCUUGCCAGAAUCCCUCCACCCCCCAGUCCACAGACAGCCAACCAGCUCUGAGUGAAUCCUCCAGUGUCCCUGUCAUCAUGGCAACCCCACCUAAGCGCAGACGCAGUGCCUACCUGGAUUCUGAUGCUACACAAUCUUUGCGUCGCUCAACACGCACUACAUCUGGGGGGGAACGGGUGGCAGAGACUGGGGGUGGAGGCAGCAGCAAUGCCUCUCCUCAACCAAAGCGAAGGCCUGCUGAGGUGCAGUCACCACUACCCAAGUUCUUCCUCAACCUAGAGAAGAAGACUCCUGUUCACAGUGGCUCAUCCUCUCCUUUGCCUAUGACUCCCAGCAGGGAUAGCACUGGAGGGCUUUUCUCAGGGCUGGAAACUCAGAUGAACUACGAAUUAAAUGAGGAGCUUGCUGCAUGAAUCCGUGAGUACGGUUUACAGAUCCGUGGGAACGGAUUGUGAAAGCGUGCGCAUGGAUUAUGAAUUUGUGGGUACGGAUUCAAAAACAGAGGGUACGGUUUACAAAAUCUGAGCGCACGGAUUGGAAAUUCGUGGGCACAAUUUGUUAAAGCGAGGGAACAGUUUAUAAAUUCGUGAGUAUGUUUUUUUUUUUCCUCCUACAGGUGACGUGCGGGGCUCCGUAUGAUAUUGACAGAGAAACAAAGAAAAUAAAAUGUAAUGCCAAAUGGGUGACUGGUCAUGAAUGGCUUGUGUUUGAUCACAAAGAAUGUCAUAAUGCUUUGUCAGGAUUGCCGCAUGUAAG